CGGGCACACUAAACAGCUGACGCUGCGUGCGAAUGCAGAAAAAACACAGGGACGACGGUGCAAAAGAAGAGGGACUUUAUUUUGUUUUCGCCUGGCAAUUGAGUAAUGGCCGGACUCCUCCAUCUGACCAAGCAGUGCAGCAUCCACCUACCUGCCCACUUGGGACGCGCGAAAUGCUACACCUUCGCUAAGGGAACAGGAAUCCACGUGCAGGCAAGAGUGCUGUACUCUUCACUGGCCAAGGUGGAUGAUCAGGGGAGCAGCGAUGUCAAGCGAAAGAAGAUAACCCCGUUUACGCCCACGCCGGGCAGCAAGCUGUUGGGUGGAGUAUUCGGCAAGAAGGCCAAAGGUGGAGCCCCAGCAGCAGCGGCAGCAAAAACAACAACGCUACAGCGGCAGCGGCGACUUUACCGCCCACAACAACAGCAAUCACGACAAUGUCAUGUUCAUAUAGGGGGCGGCAGCGAUGGCGGCUCGGGAUUGGGCAAGCUGGACGCUCCGGAGGUCACCUCCAAGGAUAUGCUGCGCGCCAUGAUGGCCUACAUCUGGCCCAAAGAGGAUCCUCUAGUCAGGAAGCGAGUGGGCAUUUCCCUGGGUCUUUUAGCUGGCUCCAAGCUGCUAACCGUGUGCGUGCCCUUCUUGUUCAAAGGAGCCGUGGACACGAUGACAACGCUGAACAUGGACACUGCUCCGGAUGCAGUGCUCUCUACAGCCACCGCUUUGAUGCUGGGGUAUGGCAUUGCUAGAGCCAGUGCCGCGGGCUUUAACGAGCUGAGAAAUGCGGUGUUCGCCAAGGUGGCCCACCACUCGAUCCGCAAGAUCGCCAGCAAUGUGUUCCUGCAUCUGCACAACCUGGACUUGGCCUUCCACCUGAACAAACAGACGGGGGCCCUGUCGAAGACCAUAGACCGGGGAUCGAGGGGCAUCAACUUUGUGCUCUCCGCCAUGGUGUUCAACAUUGUGCCCACCAUCUUUGAGCUGGCUCUCGUGUCCAGCAUCCUGGGAGUGAAGUGUGGCCUGGCCUUCGCGGGGGUGAGUAUGGGCUGCGUGGGCAUCUACGCCGCCUACACGCUGAGUGUAACCCAGUGGCGCACCCAGUUCCGCGUCUACAUGAACCAGGCUGAGAACGAGGCCGGCAACAAGGCCGUGGACUCGCUGAUCAACUACGAGACGGUGAAGUACUUCAACAACGAAAAAUACGAGGCGGGCUGCUACAACGAGGUGCUGAAGAAGUACGAGGCGGCCAGUCUGAAGACUAGCUCCAGUCUGGCGCUGCUCAACUUUGGACAAAACGCCAUCUUCAGCAGUGCCCUCAGUCUGAUCAUGGUGCUGGCCGCCAAGGAGAUUGCCCAGGGCAACAUGACAGUGGGCGACUUGGUGAUGGUCAACGCCCUGCUCUUCCAGCUCUCGAUCCCACUCGGUUUUCUGGGCAGUGUGUACCGCGAGGUGCGUCAGGCCCUGCUGGACAUGCAGGCCAUGUUCACGCUGAUGAACGUGGAUAGCAGGAUUCAAACGGCGGCCAACGCCCAGCCCCUGUUUGUGGAUACCACCAAUUCCUCCAUCGAGUUCCGUAAUGUGAACUUCGAGUACGAGCCGGGCAAGCCCAUUUUCCGGGACCUGUCCUUCACCAUACCCGCCGGCAAGAACGUGGCCAUUGUGGGUGGCUCUGGCUCGGGUAAAUCCUCGAUGGUGCGCCUCCUAUUCCGUUUCUUUGAGCCAAACUCUGGCAAGGUGUUGAUCGGUGGCCAGGAUAUUAGCACUGUGGAUCUGGAGAGUCUGCGCAAGGUUAUUGCUGUGGUGCCUCAGGAUUCGGUGCUGUUCCACAACACCAUCGAGCACAACAUCCACUACGGUAACCUGUCCAAGUCGCAUGAGGAGGUGGAGAACGCUGCCCGCAUGGCGGAUUUGCAUGACUCCAUCAUGAGCUGGCCGGCACAGUACUCCACCCAAGUGGGCGAGCGGGGACUAAAGCUGUCCGGUGGCGAAAAGCAGCGCGUUGCCAUUGCCAGGGCCAUUCUUAAGAACACCCCCAUCUUGAUCUUCGACGAGGCUACUAGCAGUCUGGACUCGAUCACAGAGCAUAACAUUCUGCAGGCCUUGACCCGCGCCACCUCAGGUCGCACCAGCAUUUGCAUUGCCCACCGCCUUUCCACGGUCAAGGAUGCCGACGAAAUCCUUGUACUGGAGAAUGGACAAUUGGGCGAACGUGGCACCCACUCGGAGCUGCUGAAGCAGAACGGCCUGUAUGCCCGCCUCUGGGAGACGCAGACGCAGCAGUUCGACACGAGUCGUCAGAUCAAGGAGGAGGCGCCGACAAAAACGUCGCGGGGCGUUGCGUAGAUGAGGCUCCCACCACCCUAUGUAUGUGUUUGUUCCAAAUGUUAUAAUCUUCCCCUUCGUUUGGCCCAGUCCCUAACCCACAAAAUUCACCGUAGAAUCAUCCCGGCCGGGAGAUUCGCUAUUUAUAGGUUUAAAGUAUCAUAUUGUGACGUUUGUAAAUACAGUUGUAGAUAUCCGA